GAAGCGAGUUUAUAAAUCGGUAGGUAGGGUCGACUAAAGCGUGGAUAGAUCUUGACUUCUGCACCAUCCCGGGCAGCCUGGGUUGCUCCUUUUGGUGUUAUGGGAGGCAAUGAGAGUAGUCAGGGUAACAGGAAAGUCUCCUUCGAGCUGGACGAGCAGGAGCGAGUGCGGGUGUUGCGGGGCAUCAGGCUUUCUGAAGAUGUAGUAAACCGAAUGAAGGAACCGCAACUGUCUAAAAGGGACCAGCAAUCACCAUCAUUUUCUUCUCCGUCAUCACCCCAAGUUUCAGAUGGAAAAUCUAAGAUGUCCACAGGGAUCCAUCCACCAACAGUUGACUCCUUGGGUCGGAGGCCAUCUGAGGCAGAGGAGGAUCUGUACAAGAGGUAUGAACAAGAGCAGGCGAUGGUCCAAGAGGAGCUGCUCCGACUGGCUAAAAGGGAACGGGAUGCAGCCAGAGAGAGACUGAACACCACUCUUCAACAGGAAAGGAUCAGCACCGAUGAAGAAAGGCAGAAAACAGCCCAGCUGCCUGUGGAUUUGGAAGCCUGGUCCCAGGAACUGCAGCACAAGGAAGAGGAGCUGAAACAGAGGGACGCCUUCUACAAGGAACAGUUGGCCCGCAUCGAGCAGAAGAAUGCUGACAUCUACAAGCUGACUUUGGAACAAUACCAUGAGGCAGUCACCAAUGCAGAAGACCAGGUCAGACGGAGGAACACACAACCUGUGUGUGCAAACCUGCAAGCUGACAUCAUGAAGUGCUACUCUGAAAACAAACACCAAGUGCUCAACUGCUCAGAGCUGGUGAAGGAGUAUCGUCGUUGUGUUAGCUUAGCACAAAAGGAACUGUUGGUCCAUUUCGAUUAAAGCUGAGUUGCUAGCCCAAGUACAGAAGCACAGGAUCUUUCUGGAUUCAUGCUGAUGCAAAUGAGUGCCUUCUGUGCAGAGGUCCAGGAAAACAGCAUGGCUCCGAUAUACAGAUGCCUGCAAAUAUCAAUCUGAAUUGAUGGAUUUGGACUUGUGGAAGAGUCCCAAGCUUGAGGAAGCAAUGCUGUGCAAAAUGGGCAUCAACAUCCUCAUCCUUUUUUCACAGAGAGAAAAAUUCCCAUGAGCAGAUUACCUUCACCUUCAGCAUGCAAGACAGAAGCUUCCAUAAAAAGCUUGCUAACUGUUGUUUUCUCUGUUACCCAGUCUGUGUUCCAUAAGAUGUUGCCUUUGUCCUUGUUCCUUAAAACCAGGCAUCUUAGGAACAUGGAGAAAUGCCAGAGUCUCACUUGUUAUGGUUAACACGGCUCUCCAUGUAUGUUUACAUUUGAGUGAAUGAGACCAACCAAAGCAUUCCUCCCUCUUCUCUUUAAAGGUUCCCCCUAAGAACAAUAAAUAGUGUUUGAUGGA